AUGGAUCCUAGAUUUCUUGUCUCUCGCGAAGAUCUGUACACCUUACAGAUGGAAAUGAAACAGGUGCAGUAUGCCCAGAGCAAUCAUGCCGAACGACUUUUGCGAUUGGAAAAGAAGCAGGCGGACGAUGCUGCCUUGAAAUCUGUCUGGAAUUCUCCUUUUCCUGGAGUCUUGAGUGGCACUCCCCAGACAGGACCUGUUUCUAUCCCACACAACGAUAUGUUUGAUGAUCUGGACGAACAAGGUGAGGAACUUUUGGGAUCUCUUCAUCUUGGACCAGCAGAGGAGGAGCCUGUUCGUCGCGGGGCUGCUUCGCGGGCCAAUAGUGUUCGAUUCGACGAGAGUGCCUUGCACGGGUCAAGCUGGGGUGGCCCAGGGAAUCGCCACUCAGGAGACUUUGGGCCCGUUCGCCCUGGAAGCGGUCUUAUGAUGGAGCGUUCGCUAUCACACAAGUCAGACGGUCGACACAGUUCUGCAGGGCAUUCGGUGCACUCUCAUCACUCUGUUGCUUCUGGUCGGGCUAGCAGCUUGGGCCUUGACAACAACUUCGCUGUUGGUGACGAUGACGACGACUCUUUCGAUAUUCCCGGUCCUCCUCCUGCUCUCUUCGUCCUUGGCACAGUGCCCUCAAUCGUGCGAUGCUGGCUGACCCCUAACUUUGGCCAUUCCACACUCCUCUAUGCUGACGUCUGCAGUGGCUCGCAGAAGUCCACGGUUGACUUUUUGCUGCUAAGAGAGUUGGACUUAGUCGAUGAGAUUCAACGUGACGUUGAUGGUCUCCAUCGUGUAAGGUUGAACGUCUACUUUGCCGAAGCUCUCUCCACGCACCAUGGCAGCCGCUCCAGUAGCCCUCGACCUCCUGUUCCUUCAAUCACUGUCCUUUUCGAGGUUUCUGGGCUUACAGAGCAGCCUACCCAACCGGCAGACCGCAAGGCUAUUCGUAUUUAUCUGGGUAGUGAUGUUCUGAGAGCUCAUUCUGCAGAUAUCCUCUUUUCUCAGAACACCAUGACACUUCGUGGUGACGAACGAGAACGGCUCCAGAUUCCAUUUGUCCGCCCGGAAGACGAGAGCACUUUUCGCAAUAUUUGCACCACAAACUUGGUCCCUGAGAAACCUAAGCUAAAUGCCAACGCUGCACCUUUCGUCUCUGGUGAUUUUAGCAAGGCUAGCCAGGAAAGCAUUCACGACAUGGAGCCCACUAACAACCAGGGCUAUGAAUCUCGAAGCGAAAUGUCGCCGAUGGCAAGCGAGGCAGCCCUUACCAAGCGCCCUAGCUCUAGAGGCAGUUUGUCUGGCGCAGAGAGUGAGCGGUCUCGGAGGGUCACCAAUGGAGAGACAUCGAGUCCUAAAGAUGGCAUCGCUGAACAUAGUGCAUCCGAGACCAGUCAGCGGGAGCCUCCUUCUGGUAUCUGGGGAUCCUGGCGCCACGGGUCAGGUAACGGUGCAGACGGUCCACAGCGAGACAGUUCGUUAAGUGGAUAUCAACCCGCUGGUCGGGGUCGCAACAUGAAAGUUCUCAAGCCUCAAAAGUCAAUCUCCAGAGUGGGCUCCUCCUAUGACCCCUCUCCUUCAACCAAGAGCUCGGUGGAUAGCCGGCGUAAAAGUCAAGCCGGGGUUGGCGAGAACGGUGUCACUCCUGCUAACAGAUGGGAGGCCAAGCGCGUGAUGAGCGUGGGCAGUGCCGAACACAAGGCGCAAUCGCAAUCGCAAUCGCAAUCAUCAUCACCGUCUGUGAACCGCGAGGGGCGUGCUGUUAACGGUAAUUCAAACAAUGCUUUGCCCAGGUCAGCCAACCCCGUCGGUGUUGCUUCGGCAUUCUCGUGGAUGACACCAACAUCGAAGCACAGGGCGACCGCAGGCUCAGAUUAG